AUCCUAAAACAUAACGUAGAGCAGACUCGGUCUUUAUAGUACUUAAAUCCAACUUCUCCUUAACCCCCUUCGCAACAACUCCUUCAAACAAAAAUGUCGAGAUCCUCCAUCUUCUUCACGUUAGCAACCCUAGCUCUUCUCUUCUUAUCGUCGGCCGUCGCUGAUGUUGUCGUACUCACUGAAGACAACUUCGAGAAAGAGGUCGGUCAAGAUCGUGGCGCACUCGUUGAGUUCUACGCUCCAUGGUGUGGGCACUGUAAAAAGCUUGCUCCUGAAUAUGAAAAACUCGGUGCAAGCUUCAAAAAAUCAAAAUCCGUUUUGAUCGGAAAGGUGGACUGUGAUGAGCAUAAGGGCGUUUGCAGCAAAUUUGGUGUCUCUGGUUACCCCACUAUCCAGUGGUUUCCUAAGGGAUCUUUGGAACCCAAAAAGUACGAAGGGGCACGUACUGCUGAAGCACUUGUUGAGUUUGUAAACUCUGAAGGAGGAACCAGUGUAAAGAUAGCUUCAGUUCCCUCAAGUGUGGUAGUAUUAAACUCUGAUAACUUUGAGGAGAUUGUAUUGAAUGGCAAAAAGGACGUGUUGGUUGAAUUCUAUGCACCCUGGUGUGGGCAUUGCAAGAGCCUUGCUCCUGUUUAUGAAAGUCUAGCAGCUGCUUUUAAAAACGAGGAAGAUGUAGUUAUUGCCAAUCUUGAUGCCGACAAUUAUAAGGAUCUUGGUGAAAAGUAUGGUGUAAGUGGUUUCCCAACAAUUAAGUUCUUCCCAAAAAACAACAAAGAUGGUGAAGACUAUGAAGGUGGACGCGAUAUAGAUAGCUUUGUGACCUUCAUCAAUGAGAAAUGUGGCACUAGCCGUGAUGCCAAGGGACAACUUACUUCCACUGCUGGUUUAAUUGCAGAAUUGGACAGCUUAGUGAAGGAGUUUGUGACUGCUGGUAGUGAUGAAAAGAAAGCAUUAUAUGCCAAGAUUGAGGAGGAAGUUGGAAAACUCACUGGUUCUGCUUCAAGAUAUGGAAAGAUAUACGUGAAAGCUGCCAAAAGUAGUCUGAGCAAAGGUGGUGAUUAUGCUAAGAAUGAGAUCCAACGUUUAGAGCGUAUUCUUUCUAAGUCGAUUAGCCCUACAAAGGCGGAUGAAUUCACCCUGAAGAAAAACAUUUUAUCUGCUUUUGCAUGAUAAAUGAGUGGAAUCAGUGGUGGUUACUACGAGUUCACAGAGACAUUUGAUCUCCCUUUUGAUAGUGGUAGUCUGCAGAGUUUACUUUGUUUUUUAUUUUUGGAUUUGGUUGGGACACAUACUAACAAUAGGGGAGAAAAUGGUCAUUAUGUAGUACCACUACCAGCAACAUUAGAAGUCGAACAUGUAAAACUUUGAAACAUGAUGUCUAUUUUUCAGAUUUUACAGAAAACAUGCAAAUCUUUUCA